ACCGUAAAAUAUAACCUCAAUAAACAAAUGUCUAAAUAAAUAGAACUCCAAAAUUAUGGCAGGCAAAAAGCCGACUCGUGAUCUUCUUGGGAUUAUUUGGCAAAAUUUUUGGCGUUCGCUGCAGCCGCGCCGAAUCCGUGGGACCUACAUUGGCGAGGAUUAUUUUGGCAAUAAAUACUACGAGAUACCGCCAAAUCCUUCGCUUGGCAAACGCAAACCUUCACGCUGGUUCGAGCCAGCCGACAAAGAUGCCUUCGACCAGGAGUUGACAGCCGAAUGGGAGGCGUGGCUGCGUGGACGACGGGACGAUCCGCCUACGCGCGAAGAGUUGGUGAAGAACCUGCAGAUCAUGGAGCUGAAGAAGCGCAAUGCAGCCGAGCUGGAUGCGCACUACAGAAAAGAGAAGGAUGCGGGCGCGCUACCAAAGCAGGUGGAAGGAGAAACCAUAGGCACGUUUCCCAAGUACAAGGAAUACGAAAUUAAUCCUGGCAAGAAGCCUUUGGGCUAAUAGAACUUUAUUUCCGUACCUAA